UGGGAGAGAAGGGAAAGACCACCGCCGCCAGAGGAUGACUGGGAGGAUACACCGGACCACGGAACAUUCGGCGUCCCCAUGCAACACGACUACGCGUCGAAACCUGAAGCUGCAGUCGUUGAUUUGGUGUUGGAGGAAAAUGCGUUUCUCCGGGAGGAAAAUCGCCUGUUACGCCAACAGAUCGAGGGGCUUACACUGAGGCAGCGGUUCGGCAUUCAUCGUUUUGCUGCCUCGGACAAGGAUAUCAGGUUCUUUACAAGGUUUGCAUCAUAUGAUCUACUGAUGCGUUUCUGGGGCUUGAUUGCGAACUCACUACCAUCCAUGGUCAGUGUUCGACAAGCACAAAGAGGAGCUCUCACAGAGUCAAAUGCUACAACCCAUUCCCUGCAGCCCAUUGACGAGUUUUUCCUAUUUUUGAAUUACCUUGCCCUUGGGUCUAAGCAGCGGGACCUUGCUGACCGGUAUGGUAUUCAUCAGUCCACGGUCAGCAGAAUCAUUACUACAUGGAGCAACUUCCUGUUCACAGUACUCGGCUCAGUGAGGAUCUGGAUACCUGAAGAGGAGAUACAGAGAAAACUGCCUGCAGACUUCAAGGACUACCCCGACAACACAGUCAUCCUUGACUGCACUGAGCUGAGGUGUCAAUGCCCAUCUUCCCUCUCCUCCAAAGUGAGGUAUUUUCCUCCUACAAGUCCCACUGCACUCUGAAGGGGCUCAUUGGGAUCGCGCCACAUGGGCCAGUGACAUUUGUGUCUGCGCUGUAUGCUGGGUCUAUCAGCGACAAACAGAUUACCCGUGAAUCUGGUCUCCUCAGUCUGCUCAAACCUGGGAUGGCUGUCAUGGUAGACAGAGGUUUCCUCAUUAAUGACAUUGUGCCCUGCAAGGUUUACAGGCCAGCCUUCCUCUCUGGCAGGCCUCAAAUGUCUGCAUCUGAGGUUAGGGAGACCCAGGCCAUAGCACGUGUAAGGGUGCAUGUGGAGCGCUUCAUUCGCCGGGUCAAAGAGCACAAGUUUUUCGAUUCUGUGAUUCCCCUACGGGUUUUUGGGAGCAUCAACCAACUGUACACGGUGGCUUGUCUCCUUACAAACUAUGAAAAUGGGCCACUGGUAAAGGCCUGGGCAAAGAAGCCUGAGAUCUGAGGAUUUCCAACGUGCAACCACACUGUAUAUUUAUACACUUUCAUAAAGGCACUGCAUAUCAGGCUUUCAGCCAGAUGACCUUCAACAAGCCAUUGCACAUAACAUACAUAAAAACUAUGUAUUAUAUGUGCAGUGCACUGAUGAGGGACGUCUGAGUAAAAGCUUGAUAUGCAGUGCCUUUAUAAAAGAUUUAUGAAAGCUUU